GUGUGAAUAAAUAAAUAAAGGCUUUGCUCAUCCCCUGCUUCCCUCUUACCCUUUCUCUCACUCUACCAAAUUUCAACGCCUUCUCUCCUCAUUUCUCUCUGUUGUUGAUCAAACUUCAUUGCCUCCAAUCAACACAUUCUUGAUCAAGAAAAAAGGUACAAGAAAACUGGAAUAAUCAAAUGAAGAUUCAGUGUGAUGUAUGCGACAAAGAUGAAGCAUCUUUUUUCUGCGUUGCCGACGAGGCGGCUCUCUGCGCCGCCUGCGACCACCGCGUCCACCACGCCAACAAGCUUGCCGGCAAACAUCAGCGCUUCUCCCUCCACCACCCUUCCCCCAAACAGGCCCCUCUGUGCGACAUCUGCCAGGAGAGAAGGGCUUUCUUGUUUUGUCAGCAAGACAGGGCGAUUCUGUGCAGAGAGUGUGAUAUUCCAAUUCACAAUGCGAAUGAGCAUACUCAGAAGCACGCCAGGUUUUUGUUAACUGGUCUCAGACUCUCUGCUACUUCAGCCCUUUAUUCAGACUCAAAAUCUUCAGCAGAAUCGGCAAUCUCGAAGUCCCAAGAACCAAAAGCUGUUCAUGUUUCCCCAAGCAAUGCACCCUCCACCUCAAAGUGUACAACAGCUCAAAGCGGUGGUGUGGCUGCACCAGAAUCUUGUGACAAGAAUAAUCCUCAGUUGAUGAAUGGAGGGAGUUUGAUGAAUACUUCAGUUUCAUCGAGUAGCAUAUCAGAAUAUUUGAUGGAAAUGCUGCCGGGGUGGCAUGUUGAGGACUUUCUUGAUUCUUCUCUGCCUUCUCCUUAUGGUUUCUGUAAGAAUGGAGAGAUUGAUGAUUUGUUGCCCUACUGGGAUGCUGAUCUUGGGAGCAAUCUGAGUGGUUUUCCCACACAAAAAAUAGGGGUUUGGGUCCCUCAAGUUCCUCCUCCUUCUCCUCCUCUGAAUCAGGCCCAAUAUCAGUCACAUCAGUCUAUAGAGUUGGCCUUUGGGGCACCAAAUGGAGCCAAGGAGCAGUACAAGGGAUUCACUACUAAUAAUAUCAAAUCUACCAGAAAGUGGAGUGAAGAUAGCUCUUUUCUUGUUCCACAGAUCACCCCACCUUUAAGUGCCUCCAAGAGAUUGAGAACUUUGUGGUAGUGCCCUCAGAAGAACAAAAGAGAGAGGAAAAAAAAAAGCGCAUCUUUUAAUUCUCAAAUUGAUCUUGUUUCUCUCUUUUUUAUUCUAUAUUGGGCUUUUCUAUCGAUCUAGUUUGAUUUUUUUUAGCAACUUUGUGGUUUAAGACAACUACUCAUCCAGCAUGUAAUUUUCUGGUUGCAAUGGAUCUUCUUGUCUGUAAAUAUUUCUGCUGCAUCCAAUGAAAGAACAGCUUGUAGCCCUCGAA